AUAAUUAUGGGGUUGAAAUUUCUGGUUUAGUCUGCAGAUUUGAAUUUGAAGGUUUGGUUGAAGACGAAUUGAGAUACCGAACAUUUGAAGCAGCUGCAUAGAUUGCGAUGGAGUGUGUGGUUCAGGGCAUAAUCGAGACGCAGCACGUUGAGGCGCUUGAGAUUCUUCUUCAAGGAAUUUGCGGCGUUCCCAGAGAACGAUUAAGGCUCCAUGAAAUAUGCCUAAAAAGUGGACCCAACUUAGGUGCUGUGGCUUCGGAGGUUCGAAUCAUGUGUGACCUCGAGCAGACGGAACCGUCGUGGACUGUUAAACAUAUUGGAGGGGCAAUGAGAGGUUCAGGUGCUGAACAACUCUCUGUUCUGGUUAGGACAAUGGUAGAAAGCAAAGUUAGCAAGAACGUGCUUCGUUUAUUCUAUGCGCUUGGCUAUAAGUUAGACCAUGAGCUGCUGAGAGUUGGGUUUUCUUUCCGAUUCCACCGGGGCACUCAUAUAACAGUGACGGUUUCUUCAGUUAAUAAGAUGUUGAAGCUUCAUUCGACCGAUGAGGCUGUACCUGUAACACCUGGUAUACAGCUAGUUGAAGUGACAGCCCCAGCAACUUCUGAAAACUACUCCGAAGUAGCCAGUGCAGUGUCAACGUUCUGUGAAUAUCUUGCACCGCUGCUGCAUUUGUCAAAACCUGGAAUAUCCACAGGUGUUGUUCCUACAGCUGCUGCCGCCGCAGCAUCUCUCCUCUCCGAUGGCGCUGGAACGACAAUGUAGAUUGUUUGCUUUGAUGUCAACAGUUUUUCAGCCUGAACUCCGAUCAUUUUCUCGUCCAUGAAGCUCUUCAUCCGUUCCCUUUCGUGCCUUGAAGCUCCCGGUUUGGAUAUGAUGCUGCUUAUCUGAAUUCUGGACAAAAAAGUUCAAUCUAAAAACCAUUUUUUCGUAGUUGCUACAUAGAAUGUUAGACAAGACUAAGUUGUUGAAGGUACUAUGCCUUGUGUUCAUGUCUCAAAGACAAUAUGAAGGCUUAUAUUUAUGAAGCGUUUAGAAUUUGGGAU